CUCCAAGUAAACCUCAUGCAUCUUAUAAUUCUCACAGAGACAUCGGACUUUCUUCUCAAUUGUUUAGGUCAGUGACCUUUUAGCACAAAGAAGAGUCAAACAGAAGACUACUUGUUGCUCUUUUCCUUGCAUUUUCCUCCAUGGUAUCCAUUAACAACAACAUAAUUGUGAUAGAAGAUUGAUGAAAUUGUCUCCCAAAACAUGGUUCAUUGUGUUUCAUCGUUACUGUCUCGUAGAUCGAGUCCAUAAUUGUGAUAGUAGCUGCCAUGGGUUUCUCACUGUCAAUAAUCGUUCUUGUUUGAUUUAGAAUGAUAUACAUAUCAGCUCAUUUCUCUUUAUAAUUACUCCUGUGGACAAUGCCAUGUCUAGUUAAGACGCAAAUAAAUGAUCACUUGUUUGCCUGCUAUGCCUUGCAAUAGUUGUCCAUGGUUUUCCUAUCUUGAUCACUUAUGGGAAGAUCACUACCCUUUUGGGAUUUCUUUUCCUUGCAGUAAAUGUCCUCUGCACGGAUCUUCCUUAAGGCCUGUAUGUAUGUUCUCUGCCAAUGCCUGCUCCAUCAGCUGGAUAUAUGCUGUCUAUUGCAACUCAGGUGUUCGACGUAAUGCAGCAGUGUCGCAUCAUCACCUCCCGCGCCGCAGAUAUAUAUAUAUGUAUGUAUGUAUGUCUCGUGUUCCCCUUGUCUCUUCACGCCCAGCUGUUGUUGCAAGCUGUCUUCCUCUGCCCUUGUUCUGCGACCCUCGUCUCCCACCUCCAAAUCUUGCGCGCGCCUAACUCAAGCAAGUCACCGCCUGCUAAAAACAAAGAGAGAUGGCGAGGGAAUGGCCGAUAGAGGCUAUUUGUGGGCGGGUUAAGUGCUUUCCUCCGUGAAUCUCUCACUCCAGGCCAUGAUGCUGCAGCUGCACAUCUCCCGUACUUUCGGCAAACAUUUUUGGGUGUCCAAUCUGCUCACCUCAAUUUUAGCUUCCUGUGAGAUCCAUUUAUAUAUACACAGCUCAGGGAGGAGUAAUGGCACGGCUGCCUCGGCAUUUCCAUUACCAUGUCCAACAACUGGCCGUACUUUGCCCAUCACCAUGACCAUUCCUCCGCGUUGGCCCCUCACCAGCUGCCCCCGGCCGUUGGCCCGGGGGGCGCCGCCGCGCCCGCCUCCUGGGCGGACGAGUUCCUCGACUUCGCCGCCGCCAGGCGUGGCCACCGCCGCCGCUCCGCCAACGACUCCGUCUCCUUCCUCGGGGCCCCGCUCGCCGACGAGUGUCCCGGCUUCGAUCGCCUCGACGACGACCAGCUCCUGUCCAUGUUCUCCGACGAGGUGCCGCCGCCGUCUUCCUCCUCCGCCGGCGUCCCCGUGUCGUCCACGUCGACGCCGUUGGACCACGGCAGCAUCCACGAGGGCAAGCCGGCGGCUGGCCCUGAGGAGGCGCAGAGCGUGUGCAAGACGGAGGCGGAUGCAUCGGCCCUGGCGCCGCCGGCCGCGGGAUCCGAGCCAAUCUUAGACCCCAAGAGAGUGAAGAGGAUCUUGGCGAACAGGCAGUCGGCGCAGAGGUCACGAGUACGCAAGCUUCAGUACAUCUCGGAGCUGGAGCGCAGCGUGACCACACUGCAGAACGAAGUGUCGGCGUUGUCUCCGCGCGUGGCUUUCCUGGAUCACCAGCGCUCCAUUCUCGCGAUGGACAACAGCCAUCUCAAGCAGCGGAUCGCAGUACUGGCGCAGGACAAGAUCUUCAAGGACGCACAUCAAGAGGCGUUGAAGAAAGAGGUUGAGAGACUAAAGCAAGUCUAUCACCAGCAAAAUGUAGAUGAAAUGGCUGCUUCCACUUCCGAACCUGUUGGGCUCGCAGAGAAGGAAUUGAUAGACUGAGAAGGAACAACACUUGGAUCUGCAAAAGAUUUUUCAAGGUGGUAGUAAUGCAUCCUAUAACUUGUGUUCAUCUUUCUAAAGGAGAUGUCGAUAUCAAUUGUGAACAAGAAUUGGUCAAUGAGGUGUUGUGGACUAUGAGAGGGUUUGUUUGAAGGCUUUUGUAUUGUUGAGAGGGGUGUGGGUUUGUUCCAUUAAAUAUUGCAUAUAUCAAAUACCUCUGUAGGCAUAUAUCAAAUACCUCUGUAGAUUUGUUUAAGAUGUUAGGUUUUCUUUUUCCCAACAAA